AUGGGAUCUCUCAGUGCUGGAGGAACUUUCAUUAGCCAGCUGGGGCUCAGCCCAUGGCUUGUCUACUCCGUGGCUGGCUUUGCCUUCUAUCUUAUACUAUGCUCUUCUUUGCGGUUCCAGAGACUCAACUCGAUGCGCCGGCGCUUCAACUACCCAGAUCGUGAAUCAUUGUCCCGUAUGACGAAUGAAGAUGCACAAAAGAUUGUCCACGCCGUUAGCGUCUAUGAGUUUCCCCUCCUUUACGAUCUGGCCCUCAAAUACGCGAUUUUCAAGGUUGGCUUUUGCUAUGAUGAUACUUCGGUGUUACUUACCAGCUACGUCACUUUCGCCCCGGGGUCGGACACCCUAGCACACAGUAUUGCUCGGACAAAUUUCAUGCACAAUCCGUAUUUACAGUCCGGUAAGAUUAAGAACGAAGAUAUGUUGUACGUACUCUUUGACAACAUGUAUGAGCCGGUGCGCUUCAUGAAACUUUACGAGUGGCGAGAGCUGUCAGAUAUGGAGGUGGCAGCAUUUGCAACCGUGUGGAGGUAUCUUGGCGACAUGUUGGAAAUUGAUUUCAAAGCCGAGCUAGGAAAAGAUGAGUGGAAAGAUGGUAUUGAGUUCUUCGACGAUAUGGUCAUCUGGGCCAAGGAUUUCCAAAUGAAGCACUUGGAACCCUCACCAAGUAUCACUAAACUUGGCGAGACAUUGAGAGAUUUACUUUUGUCGGCUUAUCCUGAGUUUAUGCGAGGACCCAUGAAUAAGAUCCUUAUGGUUCUCGUAGGCGAGCGUCUGCGCAAUGUUUUUGGUUUUGAUGAACCCGGAAUGCUGGAGGCAUCCUUCACAUACACUUUCCUUCUUGUACGAAAAUUUGUCCUACGCUAUCUCACUCUGCCUCGCAUAUUCCCCGAGCAGUACAUCAGUCAGCCUGAUGCCGUGACGGGACGUAUUCAACACUAUAAGUGGCUCAAGGACCCUUGGUAUACGCCUGCUACUUUCUGGUCUCGCUGGGGUCCCGAAGCUUGGUUCCGGCGAGCAUUUGGCCUCAAGAUUGCUGGAGAUGGUGGUGAAGUAAUGAGACCAGGAGGCUUUUUAUUCGAGGAUAUUGGGCCACGCAACAAGAUGGGUAAAGGAAUGGAGGAGACUGCUCAACUAGCAAGAAUUGCUCAUACAAGAGUGGCUGCUGGAGGCUGUCCUUUUGCACUGCCCAGGAAGUCUUGA